AACCGGCUGAAGUUCGGCUCAGGUCGGCUCGGUUCGGUUCUGUUCAGGUGUUGAACAGGAAGCUGGUGUUGGCGCGCGGAGCGUCGUGAUUCACCGAGGUGUCCGUCUUCAAACCGGGACAGAAACACCUGUGGGUCUGGGUCCAGUUCCCAGAGCAGAACCAGAACCAGGACCAGGACCAGGACCUGCAGGGUCCACCUGAGCCUUAACAGAACCUUUCUGAGGAACAAAAACUAAAUCUGUGUCCGAGGUUCUGUUUCCUGUUYAACCCUUUAGAUUGUGUUUGAGUUCAGAUCAGAACCAAGGUUCUGAUUGAAGCAGAACCUGAAGGACUGAGCAGCUGCAGCUCAACAAACUGCACUUUGUGUGUAAACAUUACCUGAACAGGACGAUGGACUCCAUGAAGACUGAGCUGGUGAGCGCCAUCCAUCUGCAGGAGGUGGAGCUGCAGGAGAAACCUGCAGAGGCCCAGCAGGACCGGACCAGCACCACCAACAACAACCAUGACCAGAAGUUCACGGUGGAGGAGGCUGUGGAAACCAUCGGCUUCGGACGCUUCCACAUCCUGCUGUUUGUCAUCAUGGGCGCCACCAGUAUUGUGGAGGCCAUGGAGAUCAUGCUGCUGGCUGUGGUUUCUCCAGAGAUCCGGUGUGAGUGGCAUCUGGAAGACUGGCAGGUGGCUCUGGUCUCCACGAUGGUGUUUCUUGGCUUCAUGGUUUGUGGAGUUUUAUCAGGAUACAUUUCCGACAGAUACGGCCGCCGGAAGGUGGUGGUCGGAGGCUUCGUGUGGGGCGCCUACUUCUCCCUGCUSACGUCCUUCGCUCCGACCUACGGCUGGUUCAUCUUCCUGCGCAGCAUGGUGGGMUGCGGCGUGGCAGGCGUGUCUCAGGGGUUUGUGUUGAAGACAGAGUUCAUCCCUGCGAAGUAUCGAGCCUUCCUGCUCCCUCUGGCCACGAUCUUCUGGAUGACGGGCUCCGUGYUGAUUAUCGUUCUGGGCAUGUUGGUGGUUCCUACCUUAGGCUGGAGGUGGAUGAUCCGACUGUCCAUCACCCCCAGUGUGAUCCUCAUCUUCCUGUUCAAGUUCAUUCCUGAGUCGGCUCGUUACAACGUGUCGGCGGGAAACGUCGACGCCGCCCUUAAAACGCUGCAGAGGAUCGCCAAAAUGAACCGAGCCUCUCUCCCUGCAGGCCGCCUGGUGGAGCCGGCUGUGAAAGACCGAGGGAACUGGAGAAUCCUGCUGAGCUCAUCGUGGAGAAGAACCUCCCUGCUACUCUGGUACUCCUGGUUCGUGGCGUCCUUUGCGUACUACGGUUCGGUUCUGAGCAGUUCGGAGCUGCUGGAGAAGAACCUGCUGUGUGUGACCAACGCUGACCCGGAGCACCAGGUUAAACACCGCCACCAGGACGGGCUGUGUUACUGCAUCCCCUUUGGAACCGGAGACUACCAGACCCUCCUCAUCAGUUCUCUGGGAGAAGUCGCACUGGUCCCAUUAAACAUCGCUCUGCUCAACGUGUUUGGACGGAAGACCACUCUGACGGUCCUUCAGCUGAUAACGGCCUUUCUCUUCAUGAUGGUCAACAUUUGCACCACCAUGUUUGGUUUCACGGUCCUGCUUUUCCUGCUCCGGUCUCUGGUCUCCAUGAAUUUCAACGUGGUUUACAUUUACACAGCUGAGGUGUACCCGACCGUGGCCCGGUCUCUCGGGAUGGGUUUCUGCACCUCAUUCAGUCGGAUCGGAGGAAUGAUUGCUCCGUUCAUCGCUCAGGUGCUGAUGUCUCAGUCGGUGAUCUUGGCGCUCACGCCGUUCGCCGUGGCGUGUGUCGUGUGUGCUUUAGGGAACUUCCUGUUGCCAAUAGAAACCAGAGGUCGAGCGCUGCUGCAAAACUCUUAACGACGUCUGUUAAAAACCAACUUCCUGUUACUGCUGCUGCUUGUAUUUUUACUUUUUGUAAAAUGUGCAAUAAUGAAAUUAAUUCUUAAACGUGUUUCUGAGCUUUGAUGUUACUGAAGGUUUGAGUCAUUUAAACAAAGUAAAACAGUUUUAAACUUUG